AUGGCCCCUGCUCUAACUGACUCGGCCCCGACGGCCCCUCACCACCUUGGCCCCAUCUCUCGCGAUAUCUUCCCCGACGGCCUCAAAACCACCGGCCAACAUCCCCCUCUCUACGACCACAUCCAUCCGUUUGACGAGUUUCCGCGUCAAAUCUCCGGUCCUACGGUCUGGAAGCCUGAGGAUUAUCGCGAGAACCCGGAGAAAUGGACGCACGUUUUCUCUGCCGACGAGGUCGAGGAACUCAGCGUUGCGGCGGAUAACUUUCUCGCGGCCAAGAUUCCUCUUACUGGUAUCUCCAAGAGCAACUUCCCCCUCCCAAACCUAAGCAAAGACCUCCUCAAACUCCGCGCCGAUCUCAUCGACGGCAAGGGCUUCAUCCUCUUCAAGGGCUUCCCCGUCGAGAAAUGGGGCAACCACAAGUCGGCCGUCGCCUACAUGGGUCUCGGCACGUAUCUGGGCUACUUUGUCAGUCAGAACAGUCGCGGCCAUGUGCUUGGCCAUGUUAAGGAUCUGGGCGAGGACUCGACUCAGAUUGACAAGGUGCGCAUUUAUAGGACGAAUGCUCGUCAAUUCUUCCACGCCGACGACUCCGAUAUCGUCGGAUUACUCUGCAUCGCAAAGGCACUGGAAGGAGGAGAAUCAGACAUUGCCUCCUCGCACAACGUCUACAACACCCUCGCUGCCGAACGCCCUGAUGUCCUGAAAACCCUCACCGAACCCAUCUGGUACUUUGACCGAAAGGGUGAGAUCAGUAAGGGCCAGGAAGAGUAUAUCCGGACCAGUGUCGUGUAUCUGGAACGGGGCGAGAAUGCGCGUGUUUAUACCAAAUGGGACCCCUACUACGUCCGCUCCCUCACCCGCUUCUCCGACGCAGGAAUCAUCCCCCCUCUUUCCCCCGCCCAGCUCGACGCCCUCCAAGUCCUCGAAGACACCUGCAACCGACACGCCCUGCACAUGGUCCUCGACGUCGGCGAUAUCCAGUUCCUCGCCAACUCGCACGUCUUGCACGCGCGUACCUCGUACACAGACCAUGCCCCGCCUACCCCGCGUAGACAUCUGAUGCGCUUGUGGCUGGCGACGCCCGAGGAAGAAGGGGGUUGGAAGUUGCCGUUUUGGGAUAGUAAUGAGAAGAAGCGGGGGGGUAUUCAGGUCGAUGAUCAGGCGCCUGUUGCGCCGUUGGAUGCGGAGUAA